GAUUAGAAGAAUAGCUGUGUGGUAUUGGUAGUAUAAUAUAAUUAUGUAGGCGUCAUGACCUUACAAGACGUAUUUGCGAUCCUGUUUGAAAUAAUAACUUUGACGUACGCCCUUUUUAGUGUUCAUAUUAUCUGCACAUUGGCUUUAUCUUCCUUGGCGGCUGGUGAUCCAACACGGUGAAUGAAGCAGAACAUUCUAACCCGAGGUAAGAACACACUUGGAAAAACCCGUGUCAUCACUGCAAAGACGACAAAGGCGGGAAAAUUGUAAAGAAGGAAUGGUAGAAUGAGAAUCAAUAGGAUUAUUAUAUUAUGAAUGGUACCGUAGUACUGAUAUCCCGCUCCUCCAACACGUGACUGUUGUCAUAGCAAUCAGUUGAAAGCCCUUGACCUCAUUUGCCUCCAAACCCUGAAUGUGGUUACAUUCCAGAUAACUCACAACUCAGCGUACGUCUUGGCCUGCACAGUCUUACCUUAUAACUACCAAUAGAUCAUAAUCAGUUCACUGCCAGUGUUCGAUGUGUGGAACAGACCAGCUUACUGGUAGUUCAGAAUGAGCGGUUUAAAAAUCAUAUCGACAAAACUUGUCAAAGACAAAAUCGGUGGCCUUGGCUUCCUUGUCAAAGAACGACAAACAAAACCAUGUGUAUCGAUAUCUGAUAUUGUCAAAGGCAGUACAGCCGAAGCCAACGGAAUGCUUCGUGUUGGGGAUGUUUUACUGGAGGUUAAUGGAAAGUCACUUCAAGAGACCUCGUUCGCGAAAGCAUUAGAGAUUCUGAAUGACAUAUCGAGUGGAAGUAUGGUAGCCUUAAAGGUACGAGCAAAAGAUGGAUCCAAGGCUGAGAUGGAGACGACUUUCUCCGAAACAGGUUCUGCGAAUACUUCUCGUGUGCAGCGAGAAAAGCAAGCAACGGAAAGUCAAGCAAAUGGAACAUCAUCACCUGCAGAAGAACACAAACAAAAAGACAAACAAAUAACCAAUGGUCAAGCUAUUUUAACCACUACUGUUGAUGUGAAAACUACGAAUGAACAUCCUGAAAAUAAGAUGGAAAGUAACAAAGCUAGUCCAUUAACGUCACCGAUCAGGAAAUGCCCCUUUACUGGUACCUUGCGUGAAACCUCCAAAACACCGAAGAUUAUCAAACUUAAAAACUGGGAAACAGGGAAAGAGACAAUCGAUACACUUCAUCAGAAGGCUAAGAUUCCAUUAAACUGCACCCCAGCAAGAUGUGAAGGAUCUUUAAUGAGGCCGUAUGGAGGAGAAGUGGCACCCCCAAGGGCUUAUGGGAUACCUAGACCUAAAGAGGAAGUGGCGAUACACGCUGAGGACUUUAUAGAACAGUAUUACACUUCAAUGAAAAUGGGUGAUAGUCCAGCGCAUGCGACAAGACUCGCCGAGGUUCUGAAGGAGAUAGAGGAGACUGGUACCUAUGAUCUGACUGAGAAGGAACUCUUGUUCGGUGYGCGCAUGGCAUGGAGGAAUGCCCCAAGAUGCAUURKGAGAAUACAAUGGAACAGACUACACCUAUUUGAUGCCCGUGAUGUCUUCACUAGUCGAGGGAUGUUUGAUGCCAUAAUUAAACACAUCAAAUAUGGUACCAAUAAGGGUAACAUUAGGUCUACUAUCACUGUGUUUCCUCAACGUAAGGAACCCAAGAAAGAUUUCCGUGUGUGGAACGGUCAGUUGAUAACAUACGCUGGUUAUCGUCAACAAGAUGGCUCCAUCAUCGGCGACCCAGCUAACGCAGAAUUGACUGAAAUAUGUAUUUCUAUGGGAUGGGAGCCAAAAGGUGGUCAGUUUGAUGUUCUACCUCUUGUCUUACAAGCUGGAGGAGAAGAACCUGAAAUGUUUGAGAUUCCACCUGAACUGGUUUUAGAAGUAAAACUCAAGCAUCCAAAGUACUCAUGGUUUGAAGAGAUGGGUCUAAAAUGGUAUGCUCUGCCUGCCGUCUCGUGUAUUUGUCUUGAUGUUGGUGGCUUAGAGUUUCCAGCUUGUCCUUUCAAUGGCUGGUACAUGGAAACAGAGAUUGCAGCACGUGAUUUAGGUGAUCCAUCUCGUUACAACUUACUUGAGCCUGUAGCCAAGAAGAUGGGUCUAGACACAAAAAGUAAUGCUUCACUGUGGAAGGACUUGGCUUGUAUUGAGAUGAAUGUUGCUGUACUGCAUAGCUUCCAGGAGGCGAAUGUAACCAUCACUGACCACCACUCGGCAUCAGAAUCCUUUAUGAAACACUUCGAGAAUGAGAACAAGCUUCGUGGUGGUUGCCCUGGUGAUUGGGUGUGGAUCGUUCCUCCUGUGUCAGGCUCGUCUACUCCUGUCUUCCAUCAGGAAUUGCUCAAUUACUCUCUCAAACCGAGCUACGAAUAUCAGGACGAUCCCUGGAAGCAUUAUCGCAUCAAGAGAAAAGAAUCUGAUUUGCCCAAGAAGAAGAUAACUUUCAAAGAAGUAGCAAAGGCCGUUAAAUUUUCAGCCAAACUAAUGGGUAACGCCAUGGCCAAAAGAACCAAAGCCAUUAUUCUGUACGCUACUGAAACUGGCAAAUCUGAGAACUACGCCAAGAUGCUCAGUGAGAUGUUUCUACAUGCGUUUGAUCCAAAGGUGAUGUGCAUGAAUGACUAUCCUCAUCCUGAGCUGGAAAACGAACAACUGGUUUUAAUCGUAACGAGCACGUUUGGGAAUGGUGAUCCGCCAGAGAAUGGAGAAUCAUUUGCUCGGUACCUUUAUGAAUUACGUCAUCCUACCAACGAAAAAACAGAAAACAACAAAAUGGCCGCGCAGAUCAGCAGUCUUCUCAUCCAGAAAGAAAAGGAAAAAGGCUUGAAUAUGAAGGACGAUGAACUACGUUUAGCUAGUCUGAGGUAUUCUGUUUUUGGCCUUGGGUCACGUGCUUAUCCCAACUUUUGUGCGUUCGCAAAGUCUGUUGAUAAAAUCAUUCAAGAGCUUGGCGGAGAGCAGGUUUACAAGAUGGGUGAAGGAGAUGAGUUAUGUGGACAGGAAGAGGCGUUCAAGACUUGGGCAAAGAAUGUAUUUAAGGCUGCAUGUGAAACAUUCUGUGUUGGUGAAGACGUGAAUAUUGAAGAAGCUGAUGCGUCCUUGAACACUAUAUCCAGCGGUUGGUCACCUGAUAAGUACAGAUUUACUAAAAGCAAGGAGAAGCUACAAGACGUUUGCACUAAUCUUUCCGUGUCUCACAACAAGACAAUCAUACCAACCAAAAUCAUGUCAGUCAAAAAUCUACAAUCACCAGAUUCAAGCCGCGCAACUUUACUGGUACGUCUAGAUACGAGUAAUAACGAGGACUUCAAAUACAAACCAGGCGACCAUUUAUCUCUAUUCCCUGCUAACAAGGAGUCAGUAGUCCAGUCAUUACUAGACCGUCUGUGUCAGGCACCUGAUCCUGAUCAGCCAAUCACAGUCGAGGCUUCACGUGAAAUGUCAGGUCCUUUUGGAACGACCAAGAAGUGGGAGAAGCUGGGGCGGUUUCCAGUACCCAUAACGCUACGAGAAGCAUUCAGUCGACACAUCGAUAUCACAGGCACACCAGCACCACAGAUACUCAACUACCUCUCUACRCAGGCUACUGAUCCCGAUGAAAAGAAGUUGUUGGAAGAACUAGGAAAGGGUGACACGAGUUACGAGAACUGGAAGUACGACAAACAAGCCAAUAUUGUUGAGGUGUUAGAAGAAUUCCCGUCACUGAAAGUCAACGCAGAAUUGCUCCUUACGCAACUACCAUUACUACAACCUCGUUUCUAUUCUAUCUCUUCAUCACAAGACUUGUACCCAGGAGAGGUCCACGUGACAGUAGCUGUAGUUAGGUUUACAAAACGAGGUGGUAGAGGCCCAGUUCAUCACGGCGUGUGUUCUACGUGGCUAGAGAGUCUAGUACCUAAUGACAUUGUCCCAUGUUUUGUACGACAACAAUGCUGGAGUCGUAUGCAGCCAUGUCGCAACAGGAAUCACAAGACUUCAUUGACAAACUAAAGAGCUCUGGUCGAUAUCAUGAAGAUAUUUUUGGAGUAACAUUACGAACACGUGAAGUAACAGAUCGCGUUAGAACUGCAGCACGAAAGGCUUGGGUUUAUAUUGCUACCGCCAGAUCUGUCAAGAAGGUUAAAUCGUCAUCUUUAAAAGGAAGAGAUGUCCAAGAUUCCUCAGGAAAAAUUCGAAGUAGCGUUUCGUCACCCAAGAGGUAUCCUUUAGACCGUGGUCCUACUGUAACGGUACUGAUGCGAUCUGAGAAGGAAAUAAAUGAAGAAAAUGAAGCUGAAAAUAUCAAAUUGGAAGCAAGAAACCAGCGUCGUUCUUCGCUGCCUGAUACUGAAUGAUGCCGGCCCAUCAGACAAGACCAGACAGGCUUGAAUGUUCAAACAGGCUGGUCAAUAGAAUAUUCAAAAAUGUUAAACGAAUUAAUUUAACGAAUACUUAAUGAAUUGAAUUGCUGAAGUAUUUAAUCAUGUAUGUCAUGAAUGGGACGCGUUUAGCAGUGCUCACCCAAACAGAUCGUCAAUUAUUUACUCACAAACCAAUGUCUGUCUUUGUCCUAUAUUGACUGGGUGGGUUGUGAAUCGUUAGUAUGCUACUGCAUGGCUACUACAUGGAAUAUAAUGUACUGAUAGACUCAGUUGAUGUAUUGUCAUUAUCGCCGCAUGGGAAAUGCUCUAUAAAAUGAAUUAAACAAAUCAAAUCAAAUCUGGAGCAUUGAAACUAACACCAAAUGGGUACACCUUUAUUAAAUGUGUAACAGGACGAUUUACGUGAAAAAGAUACAAUAGCUUUACUACAUGAACCCUUCGAUUUGAGGUGGGAUGAGCAAGAACCCCUUUUGGGCUACCUGUGGUGCCUGUACGUGGACCACAGACAGCCCAAGCUACUUUACAAAAAAUGUAACGUCGUCUGCUCGUCUGAACAAGAAGUCUAAGGCGCAGAUGUAGGGGAAAAAUGUUAAAGAGCUUAAAAGAUAUAUAUUUUAAAGACCCUAAAAGCAAAAUAAUUUAGGCAUAUAGUUCGUAUAUAAGGUUUGAGAUAUUGAAGAUUCUGCAGAUUAAGACGCCUAGACUGUAUCGGAGAGUUAGCCAGUAUGGCAAAGAAGGUAGCCAUUAUCGGUGCAGGAAUUAGUGGUCUAGGGUCUAUCAAGAAUUCUGAACCCAAACCGUUUUUCCGGAACCGGUCAUCCCUGUCACAAUGGCUGUGAAGGGAUGGAGUAACUGAAACCUGUCACAUUUCGUGUGAUCUUCAACAUUUUGAGGCAAUGGGUACGGAGUGUGCCGAUAACUGCUUUUUCGCAUUUCUUCUUGACCGAUCCAAUACUUUCGUUGCGAAUUGUCCCACUUAUGAGCUCGACUUAAAUGAGUGUAUAAAUUCUUUUGCUGCUUUUCGCAAAGAGGACAGGACCAUGUCAUCGUGCGUCCUUCGAAGAAUGAGGCGAAUUCCUAUAGGGAGCGCUAUUUAUGCGAAUUCAGUUGGCAAGCGCAGGAAUUAGUUUAGUUUAGUGCGUUUACCACCCUAGGAGGACGGCUAGAUGCAAAUUGAUAAGGCAGCCGGUAUAGAAUCUAGUGUAGAAUCUAGUGUAGAAUCUAGUGUAGAUAGUAGGCAGCCAGUUGUAUGAUAAAUACGAUGGUUCUUGCCGUUAUCAUUUCAUUUGAACAAAUUAUCCUAAGAGAAAACAUGUCUGUCUUACUUCGUGAUAACUUUGGCUAUUUGCAUCUUUUGACUAAAUGCCCAGAGCACCUCAGAGGAAAGUCUUGCUUGCAACAGCCACUCCCGAACAAGUCCAUGUACUCUCUGAGGUCUGCCAUAAUCUAUUGAAAGGAGGCAUUCCACUUUCUUACUCUCAGAACAAGAAGCACUAAGACCUCAUGCUAAGAACAUAAGACCUCAUGCUAAGACACGGAUGAGAGUGAGACUGAAAGUCAGUCAACAGAUGACCAACAAAACGAAGAAGAGCAGGAGGAAGAAAAUAGCGUUAAUGAUGAAGAUAAUGAGGAUGAUGAUGGCGACGAGGAGGAUGAUGAGGAAGCGGAGGAUGGAGAGGAAGGAGAGAGUAUGGACGAGGAAUUGGAUUAUGAUGAACAGGAGCAAAACAAGUGUCACGUUUGUCAAGAACCCCGGCAGUUUUCAAAGAUUUUUAUAGUUCGGUGCCCAACUUGCCAUUGGCACGAAGGUCACUACUCAAGGAACAUAAACGAGGUUGUCCGGAGUGACAUUUGUACGAGCGUGUUCCCUGCGAAUCAACAGAACACAAAGAAAACGUGUUACUGCUGUAAUGACUGCGAUUCGAUUCACCGGAUGUCGUUAAAAUCAAAGAAAUUGAAACUCAUCGUACCACAACAAGAGAGCCGAAGAAAUAGAUGAAGAGGAAAACCAUGGAAUGAACCUUGACUACUUUCCUUUAUUAGCCAAGUGGGAAAACUUCUAAGCAGUCGUAACCGUGUUCAAAAGUAAUAACUAAACUGUAAACCAAUAAAGUUAUAUAUGCAAAAUAAAGAAGCUUGAGUGAAAAACACUUGUGUUCAAUAUUUACUGCAUUCAGCGAACCUCGACAAUAUGUUACACAUGAUAUGAUGAACAAUAAAGCAAGUUUAACAAA